CGACCAGAGACGAGGGGUGGAGGAAGUGGCGUCUCCUUGCCGCAACUGGUAGGGGGUUGGUCUGAAUCGCUGUCAUGGCCUCUGCUGAGGGAGAGAGCGGUUCAGCACCGCCCGCCGUUUCCGCCUUCCGGGGGGAUUCGUCGGGAGAGCCGGUCGGAGAGAUCUUGAGAGAAUCGCUGCGCUCGCUGCCUAAGUUGGUGGGGCAGCUUAAUCUUGGAGAAGAUGUGGUGAAAAUUAACAUCGACUGGAGCAAGCUUCAACAUGCAUCACCAUUUCAACCCACAUUGCUCUUUACUGCUUUGCAGCAGCAUAUUUCAGCUUUACAGCCAUUUAUAGAGAAACUCCAGUCUUUAAUUAAAGAAGAAAGCACUGCACUGGUUACUGAUUCCAGUAAGACAGAAGACAGAAAGUGUGAGACUAAUUCAAAUGUAACUGAUAAAGAAUUGCAAAUGGAAGAGAAAAGCAUGGCCUGUGGUUCUGCAAAUGUGAAAAUGUCUCAUGUUGAUUUUGACCCAGAAGUAGUCCAAAUAAAGGCUGGAAAAGCUGAAAUUGAAAGACGAAUAUCAGCCUUCAUUGAAAGGAAACAAGCUGAGAUCAAUGAAAACAACGUCAGGGAAUUUUGCAAUGUUAUUGAUUGUAAUCAGGAAAAUAGCUGCGCUAGGACUGAUGCCGUGUUCACACCUUACCCAGGAUUCAAAAGUCAUGUGAAGGUUUCCCGCGUUCUAAAUACCUAUGGCCCUCAGACUAGAAGUGAAGGUGCUUUUGGGUCCAGUCAUAAAAGUAACAAUACCCCUCAUGACUGUGGGAAUCAGGCUGUAGAAGAGAGACUACAGAACAUUGAAGCUCACCUAAGGUUACAAACAGGUGGACCAGUGCCAAAAGAUAUUUAUCAAAGGAUAAAAAAACUUGAAGAUAAAAUUCUUGAACUGGAAGGAAUGUCUCCUGAAUAUUUUCAGUCUGUGAAUUUGUCUAGCAAAAGAAGAAAAGCCCAGCAAACCCAAAACUAUUCUUUGGCUGAACUUGAUGAGAAGAUCAAUGCACUUAAGCAAACAAUCCUGAGAAAAACAAAUGAAGGGAGGCCCAGUGUGGUUGAUCAGCUUCUCUGAGUACAGCAAUGUGACUUCAGUAUGCUUUCAUGUGUACUUAACUCCUUCAGACUGUCUGAGUACUGUUUAUCUAAGCACUGUGGUAAAGAAAAGAAACAGUGCAUAUGAAUUCAUCUUAAUCUUAUUGGAUAUCUAAACCAAGUGAGUUUCUUUGUUGUUCAAAAUGAAGAAUGUUUUGGAAAUAGGAUUGUAAAUAUUUAUUUCCUUCUAUUGGAAAGGUGGAUCUGUACAACUGUUAAUAAAAGAAAUUUUAGCUUUCCAGAUGAAAGUAACCCUAUGUUUUGUAUGUGGUGUCCACUGAUCAGAAAACUGCCCCUUGCAGUGCAGUUCUGUCAAAACAUGUGAAAUGUUCAUAUAAAUAGUGUAAAAAAUGAGAGACAGAAAUAAAGACUUGGUUCAUUUACUUGCACAUGUGGUCUCCUAAUGGAGAUGGCAGUAGAAUAUUUCACAAGUUAUUACUGAGGGCCUAUAGAGGUAAUCCAUAUAACUAUUUUAGGGAGCAAAUUGACAACAGUAAAUGAUUACCUUCAAAGGUUUAAAUGGAGCCAGCAGACCUUCCAAUUUCACUCUGUGAAAUGCUGGGCCCAAAGUUUUCGAGUUAUCUUGUCAUGAGGACCUUUCACUCAAGAUGCCAGACCUGAAGCUGUGAAGGACUUCUACAGGCAACAUGUAUACUCCUUUAGCUCGCCUGUAAGUAGGGAAAAGUAAAACAUAAUUAUCUCUACAGUUAAGUGGAUCUUCAUGGAGAGUAAGUAUACCAAAAUUGCCAGUAUCCAUUUCAUAACCUGGCUUUUUGGCAGCAAAAGUUUUGUGUUCUAAACAAGGUCCUCUGCUAUUGCCUCAAAGUAACUAACUAGGCAACUGAAUGAACCAGUGCCCCUGUGUUCUUCCAGUGGGGAUAGAGUAAUCGAGCUCCAGUAUAUUUGUCACAAGAUGUGGGUAAGAUAAACUAUUUGAAGCUACAAUGCUCAUUGACAUCUGAACUGAAAAUUCAAGGAGGGAAAGGAAAUUGUAAAUAGAGAAACUAUAUGAGCUAUAGAUAAUUAGUUAAUAAAGAGGGUAUUUUCGGACUGA